AUGGCUGACGACAACCGCCGUGAGGAUGUCGCCAGAAAGGGCUCUGUUCGCCGAGCAAGGGAGAAAGCCCGGCAGCAAAUGGACCAGGAGGAACACGAAAUGGUGGGCAGGAAUCCCUCGGGGCAAGGCAGACGACCACCGCCUGUCGCAGGCACAAGCAAAGAGCAUCCUCACGGAGCCAAACGCUCUGUAGUCCAGGACCCCGCGGCCAUGUCCCGGCCACGACGUAACACCAACCCUUAUGCUAAAGAAAUGGCAGAGGCACAGGCGCAGGCGCAGGCACAGGCACAAGCAGCUUUGCAGCAUGCUGCCCGUCCUCCCAGUGCCGUUGAUGCCUUUCUCAACGACCCUAGAGGAAGACGGUAUCCUCCCUCCAACCCAUAUCACAGUGCUGCGCCUACCUCACAGCCGUCGUAUUCUCAAACAUCCGAAUACGGGACCACCGCUCUACCAGUCCCAUCAAACGACUACUCCCACCAUGGCCAGCUCCUAGCCCAUCCAGCACCAGCUCGACGAUCAAACUCUGGUUCCUCGCAGGGUGGCCGUCGUGACCCAGCGCAAUGUUCCUAUCCCAUCGGAUCAACCGUCUCUCCAAUCCCGGAGGAAUUUCCUCCUCAUAUUCAGAGGAAUGCCAAGUCGUUUGCAUCAAGCAAGGUGAUCCCGUCAAGCUGGGGCUCAGCUCCCUUUGAAAGUGUCGAUCUCAAGUACGAGGAGAUGCCUGAAAUCAACAUGGGCACCGAUGGUGGCUCAUCAGCCUACAACGAAGACGAGAUGGCCCAGGCACUCAAAGCGAAGUCGGCUCUCCGCAUCAGAAACAAGGGCAGUGUCGACCUUCCAUCUAGCUCUUCCUCCAGCCUCGCAAGGCAGGUCAGCAUGGGCAGGAAAGGCAAAGGCGAGCUGCGUACUAUUAAUAUCACCAAAAGCCAAGACUCUCAGUCGUUACACAAUCGUACCAUGAGCGAAAAGUCCUUUGGUGUCCCAUCGGAGGCCGGUAGCGUUGCCUCAAGUGGUACAAUCGGCAUUGCCAUCAACCCCUCUCUCCGUGCAAAUAUCCCGGGUCACCAAAUACCGCCAUCGUUCCACAACCCCAAGGGCCAACUCCGGCCAAGCCGACUACGUGCAAACUCUCACUCAUCAGUUGAGUCCUUCGACGAGGACGAGGAACCAGAAGGCGAUGAAGUGCCGAUAAUACAUAAGCAGCCUACCAAUGAUUCGGACUUUAGAGAUGUCGAGCUGGGUGGCUCGCGCUCAGUCGCAGGCAGGAUGUCACAAUUCAGUGACCUGCCAAUGCCCCCGAGCCUAAACCAUGGGAAAGAACCAGAGGUUAGAAGCAGUCUGACCAGCUUGCCAGAUUUGAUCCGCCGUGCGACUAAAUUAGCAUCGAACCUUGAUCGUGGCAAGACGUCCAGCAAGACCCCGAACGGAAUCUUUGAAAUGCACAACGCAAAUGGAGAAAAUAAAAACAAAGAGCGCCGAUACUCAGGUUCGAUAACCGACAUCCUAGCCUCUUUCCCUCCGCCUGGCAUCCAGACUCCAGGCAACUCUACUCAUCCAGGCGACGACUCUAAGGGGAAGAGUGACGCGGUCGACGUCCCUAGAACUAGACGUCGCUUCUGUGGAUUGCCAGUUCCAGCUCUCAUCGUCUUCUGCAUUGGCCUAGUUCUCCUCCUUGCCAUUAUUAUCACCAUCCCACUCGCUGUUGCCGGCAAACCACGCAACCAUUCUCCUAGUAGCACUACAGAAUGCGAGAUCGAAUUCCCCUGCAAAAACGGAGGUAUCAGCAUCGGCACUCUGGGCGCUUGCAGCUGCGUCUGCCCUGAAGGCUACCGGGGGAACACCUGUGGUGUUCUCGCCGAUGAUGGUUGCGUCAUAGCUGAGCUGAAGGAUAAUCGAAAACUUAGGCAUGAUGCAACUGUGGGUAGCGCGAUUCCAAGACUUGUCAUAAACUCACUAGUAAGCUUCGAUAUCCCGCUUGAUGUCGGAAAGUUGUUGUCACUCUUUGACUCGGAGGAUGUCUCUUGUAAUAUGGAAAAUGCUCUGGUGACCUUCAACGGCCGAAAUCAGAAGAGAGGUCUCCCGGCCCCAGAGCAUCUGGACGGCAAUAUACUCAAGUAUAAUCUCCCAAGUCGCCGUCGUUCGGGAAAAGGCAACCUUGAGGCCAGAGCUCCGCAAGAUCCUACCCAACGCACCGCCACACCCACGCCUACUCGCACAUCGUCGUCUACGCGCACUCCAGCCCCUACGAGAACUUCAUCUUCUACCGGGACUUCAUCACCCACCCGUACUUCAAAUUCAACUUCAGCUCCAACUUCAACCUCUACCCCCACUCCUACAGUUAGUCCAUCCACAAAUGUCCUCGACUUCUGCCGUAUAGCCGUUCUUUACGUCUUUGAAAAGACAGAGCAGUUCAGCGCUGCCAAUGCAGCUCACGAAUCUAUCCAGAAUGCUCUCCGACGUCCAUCUAAAAUAGUGAACGAUGUUCCUGUCUUUGAUCCAGUGCAGCUUUCAUAUGGCGAGGAUAAGUUCUUGCUAGGCUUCGACACACUUUCUAUCAGCUACUUCCAGAAGGGGGCUGAUAAAGUCCUCGUUGGUGGAAAAGGCGCGAACGAUUUCACAUAG